AUUCCCACCCAGCAGAGAGACAGACCAUGGCGUACCCCUACGGCAGCGGCUCCUAUGCGCCAAAUGCAGGCCCAGGCUAUCCGCAGCAGCCUCCCUAUGGCGGCGUCGCGGCAUACCCAUACCCAUACCCUCCACAGCAGCAACCCUAUGGUGCACCGGGUUUGGGUGCACACCCGCAGCAGCAGCAGCAGCAGCAGCAACAGCAGCAGCCGCCUGUAAUGGGGGGCGGCUACCAUUCUGGCCCGCUGCCCCUUGCUGCUGCUGCUCCCCCCCUUGGUUCGAUGGGCAUGGCUCUGACAUACAAUGGCAUUCCCGUUCCGCCCCCGCCGCCCGCACCACCCGGUGCAGCGACGCAGGGGUUGGACGUGCACGGCGCCGUCGAGCGCAUCUACAAGGCCAUGAAGGGGUUCGGCACCGACGAGCGCACACUCACCCUCGAGGUGUGUGCCCUUGACCCCUUUGCCGCUGAUGCGGUGUGCAUGGCCUACAAAUCCCAAAAGGGAAAGGAUGUCGUCGCGCAUGUCGAAAGCGAGACCAGCGGGAGUUUCGAGGCCGUCCUGCGCGCCAAGCUGCUCGGACCCGUCCUCUUUGACGCGUACACCAUCCACCGGGCCUGCGCUGGCAUCGGCACUGACGAGGAUGCGCUCACAGAGGUCCUUCUCGCACGCUCCAACUCCGACAUUUACAUGCUCAAGCAGGCUUUCCAGGCGACGUACGGAAAGCCGCUCGAGCGCGUCGUCGACGAGGACCUCUCGUUCAAGACGAAGCGCCUGUUCGCCAUGGCCCUCGCCGGCGGGCGCAUAGACGAGCAUGUGCCCCCAACGGCCCAGCAGGUCCAAGCGGACGUGGCGACGCUGUACAAUUCCAUGCGUGGCGCGGGCACCGACGAGACUGCUGCCUGCGGCGUGCUGUGCUCGCGCAACAAUGCCCAGCUCAUCGCCAUUGCCGAAGAGUACCGCCGCACGCACGGCAAGCUGCUCUCCGCCGCGCUUGACAAUGACUUUAGCGGGCACAUGCGCGCCGCCCUCGUCUUCAUCGCCCGCGGCGCCGAGCCCGCGACCUCUGGCGCGUCAUCGCACCCGCUGCAACCGCAUGAGUAUGGCAUCGCACGCGACGCGCGCUUGCUCGCCGACGGCUUUACGAACGACCGUGCGCUCGUCCGCCGCGUCCUGCGCGCCCAUUGGGACACGCGCCGCUGGGUCGCCGUCAAGGCCGCUUUCCAGGCGCACCACAAGCGCGGACUCGCCGCGCGCGUCAAGAGUGAGAUCAGCGGUGAUUACCAGCGCGCGCUGCUGGCUGUCAUUGGCGCCACCUAGGUCGUUCUGUAGAUACCUGCCUGCGCGGGCCGACGAAUGUGGAUGUAUGCGCUCGAUUCUACCUCGUUCUCUCUCUUUGUGUAACCUACGGCAGAGAAUCUGUGCAUGGAUCAUCAUCGCUUGAACUACCU